UGUUCGGUACGCAGAAUAUUCAACUUAUAAAAGAAUGGGAUUUCCGUGUUCGGUUACUUUAUUGGCAAUUUAGUGCUAGUGAAUAGACAAGAAUGAAAGCUAUUUUGUUGCUCUUAGUUGCAACUCUAAGCUUUUAUCAUGUCUAUUGUGCGAUGAGUGAAGCCCAAAUGAAAGCUGCCCUGAAGCUUGUGCGAAAUGUGUGCCAACCAAAAACCAAAGCCACCAACGAACAAAUUGAGGCAAUGCACACGGGCAACUGGGACUUGGACAAAAACGGCAAAUGUUACAUGUGGUGCAUUUUAAAUAUGUACAAACUGAUCGGAAAAGAUAACAGUUUUGAUUGGGAGGCCGGUAUUGCAACUUUGAAAGCUCAGGCUCCUGAAAGUGUGAGAGAUCCUGCUAUCGCUUCGGUAAAUAAUUGCAAAGACGCUGUGAAAACAACUUCAGACAAGUGUGAGGCUGCCUACGAAAUAGCCCACUGUAUGUACCUGGAUAAUCCCGAGAAAUACUUCUUACCGUAAGGAAAUUAUUUAAGUCUUAAUAAAUUGGUGUCACUCUCUA